UGUUUGUAUUAAGUAACAAUAUAAUAUAUUGAUAAACAAAAUUGCAUUUAGUAAAUACAAACUCUAUUAAACUAUUUAAUCAACUUGACAUUUUGUCAACUUUUAAGCACUAAACAAAAAUAAUAAAUGGAUUAUAGUUCGUUACCACCAGAAUUUCAAGGUAGAUUAGCAAAAUUAGAGCAAGAAUAUGAAGAAGGAGAAUUAACAAAAAAAGGAUUUGAAAAGAAAAAGAAUUCUUUAUUUGCAGAAUAUCGACAAUAUAUUGGAGAAAAUCAUGUUGAUAUUGUUAGUGAUAUAUUAGAGACACUUUCAAUUUAUCCAUCCCCAAUGGUGACGGGCGAGGCCAGUGAAGGAGGCGUUUCUCCAACUAAUAGUAUUAGUAGUGGAAAUUAUUAUAUCCAACAAGAUGGUGGCUAUUCAACUAAUUCAAACCAAUAUAAUCCAAAUCAGCGAUAUCCUGGACAUUCGGUACAACAAUCAUACGUUGCUAAUCAGCCACCUAUUCCUCAUAAUUCUUUUUCACACCAUCAACUUCCUCACAGAGCAAUGAAUUCUGAUUUAAGACUUGAUCCAACUCAUAUAAAUCCUACUGCUACAUCCACUUCACCUAAUAUGUCUCCUUUAAAUCUCAACAAUCAACAAAUUCCUAAUAUGAAUUAUAGACCUCCGCAUCAAUAUAAUCAUUCUUUUGCACCAUUCGGAACCGCGCCACCACCCCAAUUUAGGCCAAUGCAACCGCCAGGGCGUCCUCCUUUACCUCCACAUGGGUAUCAUCAUCAAACAUCAUUACAAUAUUUUCCUCCAAAUACAGGUGGAUUUCCUGUUAGACCAAACAGACCUCAAAUGGCACAAAUUCCACAAAUUCGUCCUGUUCCGUCACCUUAUGGAAUAGAAGUUCCUCCAGGAGCUGCUCCAUCUGGUCCAAUUGGUAGAACAAGACACUUAGUAAAUGAAGAUGCUAUCGAGCGUGCGCGAAGUAUUAGUGGAGCUAGGUCAAGUUUGGACAUAAGUGAUACUGCAAGUAUUAAAGGAUAUACUAGAAGUACGGGAGAAUAUGAUUAUUUGCCCGCACGUAUUCAAGAUGACAAUGCUUCGAUCAGGUCAGGGCGAUCUAGCAUUUAUACUACGUCGAAUUCGAACGGACAAAGGUUUGGUGGAAUGAUUAGUCCUGAUGAUAGACCCGGAAGAAGUGUUGGAAAUCGAAUAUCUUUAUAUAAUAGUAUGGUAUAUUCAGAAAUAUUAGAUCCAACGCCUACAUUUGAUCCGGGAUUAUCAAAGUUAGGAGGAUUACAAUUUAUGCCAUUUGAACCACGGGAAUUACCAUUUGAAAAUUUGGACCCAUUGAAUCCUUCAAUGUCACUGUCAAAUUUCGCAGAUAUAGCUGCAUUAUUAAGAUAUAGAGGCCAGACGACUCCCAAAAAGACAGCCUUUAUAGUACUGGACCAAAAAGGUCGUGAAGUGCAUGAAUGGACAUGGGAAAAAUUACAUUUGAAAGCCGAAAAAAUGGCACAAGUAAUUUCAAAAGAUAGUGGAUUAAUGAAAGGUGAAAGAGUAGCAUUAAUUUAUAGGAAAGCAGAAAUUUUGGAUUUUUUAGUAGCGUUGUAUGGAUGUUUCUUUGCUGGAGUUGUGGCAGUACCAAUUAAUGCUGUGGAAGAAUUUAGAGAACUUAAGUUUAUAUUGGAAGCAACAGAAGCUAGGCUGGCGUUAACUACAGAACAUAACCAUAAAGUUUUUACACGAGAUUUAUUGGCUCAAAAAAAAGAAUUACCAACGAAUGUAAUCUGGUGGAAAACUAAUGAAUAUGGGGCAUUAAAUUUAAAGAAAGGUGAUGAGCUUGGACCAAUUAAUGUUACUGAAUUGGCAUAUAUUGAAUACACAAAAAGUCCUAAUGGCGAAUUAAAAGGAGUAGCGAUAAGUCAUCAAACAAUCAUGGCACAAUGUAAUGUUAUGAGAGGGAGCGUAACGGAUAAAAAAAUGAGAGAAUAUUUGGACAAGCAAAGGAAUCAAGGCUAUCAACGACAGUCUAAUGGUGGAGAUGAGAGAAAUAACGAAGUGAGUGGUAAAAUUGUUGAUACAGUGUUAAGUUAUUUAGAGCCGAGACAACAAUUUGGAUUAAUAUUGGGCGCCCUAUGGGGAGUGUACUGUGGUAAUACUACUAUAUAUCUAGGUAGCCUUGGACCUGAUGUACCUGGUUUAUGGGUAAAUUGUAUUUCAAAAUACAAAGCUACAAUUGCAUUAGCAGAUUAUCCAGGCUUAAAUCCAAUAGUGUCCUCAUUUAUAUCAGAUCCUUCGGCAACUUUGAAUUUUUUGAAAAAGCAAACACCGGACUUGUCAUCAUUACGCUUUUUGUUUGUCGAUACACUGACAAUAGAUGUUCAAAAGAAUCAAGAAAUUAUUGAACAAUUCCUUGUUCCAUUAGGGGCACAAUUUCCGAAAGAUGUUUUGACUCCAUUGAGUAGUUUACCGGAACAUGGAGGAAUGGUGUUAAGUUUUGGAGAUUUGUUAGGUGUGCAGGGACUGGACGAUAGAGUCGAAGGAGAACGAGGUGUGAAAGUAUUUUUAUUAGAUCGUGAAGAACUGAAAGAAAAUCGAGUUGUUGUCGUAGGAACUGAAGAGGGGAGUAAGAAAAAGGAUUGGGAACAAGGUGUUAUGAAAGUUGGAGCUUUUGGAUUUGUUAUGCCUGAAACUACAAUAGCAGUUGUUGAUCCAGAAACAACAGCACUAUGUCUGCCUAAUACAAUUGGAGAAAUAUGGGUUGAUUCACCAUCAUUAUCGGGAGGAUUUUGGAACUUGCCAAAACAUACCGAAUCGAUUUUCCACGCUCGUCCGAUAUUUGUACCAGGCGACACCAAACAACCCGAAUAUUUUGAUCAAGAAUUUUUGAGAACAGGACUUUUAGGGUCAUUAAUUAAUGGACAAUUGGUUAUAUUUGGAUUAUAUGAACAUCGAAUAAGACAAUUAAUUGAACCUGUUAAUAAGGAAAAGCAAAAGAAGUUGGUUGUAGUAAAUAGGAGCGAAUAUGACGGAGGAAGUGACGAAGAGGAAAUAAAUGAUGAUAAGAAACAAGACGAAGAAGAAAAAGAUAAAUAUAGGUUUCAUUAUACUUUGGAUUUGGAGAAUACUGUUAAGAAAAUGAUUGAAGGCGUUCAUGAUUGUGUUGUAAUUGAGAUUUAUAUAAAGGAUCAAAGCUUACCAGUGAUGAUAGCAGAAUCUACAUUACCCAUAGAAAAAUUAACUGCUCUUGCUGAUGAAAUAUUCGAAAAAUUAGUUAUGUAUCAUGGACUCCGUCUUUAUACGAUAUCAAUAUGUGCACAAGGAUCAUUGCCACGUGUAUGGAAGAAUGGUAAAAAACUGACAAAUAGCAUAACAUGUAAAAAAUAUUUCGAAUAUGGACGUUUACAAGUUUUACAUGUGAAGACUUGUGUAUUAGACACGGUAUUUAAUAUUCCGAUCGGAGAAGAUAUGGUUGCCGGCAUAUGGGGACCUAACGCUAUGGCAGCAAGACAAGAGAUGAGUAACGGAUUAAGAAGAACUCAAUAUACGAGAAUGGAUAUUCCACUAGAGGUAUUAGACGAAAAAACUAGUAUUAAUUUAUUAAAAUUCCGAAGUAUAGUUGAUGUAUUAUUAUGGCGUACACAAAUGUCACCUGAAGAGACCGCAUAUAAUAUAUUGGAUACGAAAGGAAAAGAAGGAAAACCAAUCUCAUGGAAAAAAUUAAAUAAUCGAAUAGCGACCGUUGCGAAUUAUUUGCAAAAAAAAGGAUGCAAAGCGGGAGACCAUACAGUAUUAAUAUUUCCACAUGGAAUAGAUUUUGUGUGUAGCAUAUUUGCAUGUAUGGUAUUAGGUAUUAUAGCAAUUCCCAUAUCACAAACAGAACCUACGAAAGCAUCAGAAGAUAUACCUGCACUAUUUGGAUUAAUUGAGGAUUUUAAAGUCAACUAUUUAUUGGUAAAUACUGACACAGAACAAGUUCUUAAAAGCCGACAAAUACAAAAUUUCAUAAAAACAAUGAGCGGAGGUUCAAAGCAGUUGGACAGUAACAAUUCAAAAGCGUUACCUUUGUUAAUAAAUAUAGCCAAAGCACCAAAAUAUACAAGAACAUUGAAAGAAUCAAAUUAUGUUAUGAUGGAAGAAUGGUUACAACCACAAUGGGCAACGGUUGUUAUGUGCUAUUUCUCUGCAGAUCAACGAAGAAGUUGUGUAAGAUUGAAUCAUGACACAUUGUUAGCAUUAUGCAAAGUACAAAAAGAGACUUGUAGAUUGACAAGCAUACGAGCGAUAUUAAGUUGUGUUAGGCAUUUUAACGGUAUUGGAUUUGUGUAUACUGUAUUAAUUGGCAUAUACUUGGGAUCACAAACAAUUCUCAUUUCACCACUUGAUUACCACGCGAAUCCAUUGAUGUGGUUUGAAACUUUAUCCAAAUUCAAAAUUAAGGAUACUUACGCCACGUUCCCAAUGCUGCAACAUGCAAUGUCAUAUUAUGAUAGUGUGGAUUACCGAAAUUUUUCUUUACAAAAUUUAAAGAACUUAAUGAUUCCGGUUGACUGUAGACCGAAUGCGAAUUUAUAUAAGAAGAUGGUGAAAACAUUUUUGGCGAAUCGAUUGGAAGAAGUGAAUGUAAAUUAUAUAUAUAGUCAUAUAGCAAAUCCAAUGAUAACCACAAGAUCUUAUAUGUGCGUAGAACCAUUUGAGUUAUAUUUGGAUUUAAAAAGUUUGAGAAGAGGAAUUAUUAAAGUUGUUGAUCCUGAAGAUGAACCUUUUGGGGUAUUAUUACAUGAUUCUGGAAUGGUCCCAGUGUCUACACAGGUAGCCAUAGUACAUCCAGAAACAAGACGUCCAUGUUUAUCAAACGAAUUUGGAGAAAUCUGGGUUAGCAGCGAUUCUAAUGCCAAAUCCUCGUAUGGGUCAAUGGAUCCGUUAGAUCAAGAACGAUACUCCGCGAUAAUAGACGGGGGAGAUCCGAGAAUAACUUAUUUACGUACGGGUGAUUUAGGAUUUUUAUAUACAGUUCAAAAACCGGUAGGGGAAGGAGGUGCAUUGGUGGAAUUCCAAUGUUUAUUCUUUUUGGGGCCUAUUGCAGAAACAUUUGAAGUUAAUGGAUUAAUACAUUUUCCGGUGGACAUCGAAUUUACAGUUGAAAGAUGUCAUCAAUUGAGCCAUUGUAAUUUGAUCGCAACAGAUGGAUGUGUGGUAUUCCAAGCUAAUGGAGAAACAGUAUGUAUAGUAGAAGUGAGAUCGUCAGAAGGGAUUCUUAACUUGGUACCAUGUAUAAUGAAUUCAAUACUUGAUGAACAUCAAUUUAUUAUUGACGUAAUUGUAUUCAUUGGACCUGGAACAUUACCAAAAUCAAGAUUAGGUGAAAAACAGAGAACUAAAAUUAUGACAUCAUGGUUAAGCGGUAAUUUAUCUACAUUGCAUGUACAUUAUGUAAAACCAUCACCAUCAAAUUCUAGACCAAAUUCGUAUUUACUACCGCCAUUUAUGAUGCAUUCCCAACAAUUAAUAACUACAAACCCAUCACCUUCACCAACACUUGAUCCAUCUCGAUAUAGUAUUACUACUGGAUUUAUUAAUACAACGAGAAGUAAUAUAAACCCAUCAGUAAUGCCUUCUGAUAUGAUGAAUAAUGAAUUGAGUUUGAGUAAUAGUAAUCGAGGGAGCUUGAAUAUUAAUAAUAGAACUAAUAGUCAAGAAUUGACACGACAAAACACUAAUUCAUAUAAAGUUAAUAAUGCUAAUACUGGAACUGUUAACAUGUAAUUUAGUGAUACUAAAUACCAAAAGUUUGUUUGCUUAAAUUAUUUUAUUUUUACCAAUAUUAUUUCUAUUUAAUUAAUUAUUUAUAUUUAUAUAAUAUAUAUAUAUAUACUUCUGUUUAAUCUAAUUAACAUAAUUAUU